AUGGAGAAAGCAGGCUGGGCUUACUAUUCAUCCGGAGCUGACGACGAGAUCACAUUACGGGAAAACCAUCAUGCAUUCCAUCGAGUGUGGUUCCGUCCUAAGAUUCUGAUCGAUGUCACGAAUGUCGAUUUCUCGACUACAAUGCUAGGAUCCAAAUCGUCUGUACCUUUUUAUAUCACUGCUACGGCUCUGGGUCGAUUGGGUCAUCCGGACGGCGAGACGGUAUUAACACAGGCUGCCGGUAAACAUGGCGUGAUCCAGAUGAUUCCGACCCUGGCAUCGUGCUCUUUUGAUGAGAUUAUCGAUGCUGCCACUGACAAACAGACUCAAUGGAUGCAAUUAUACGUUAACUCAGAUCGCGAGACCACGAAACAAAUUGUUCAGCAUGCGGAAAAGCGUGGAAUCAAAGGUUUAUGGAUCACAGUAGACGCACCCCAGCUCGGACGUCGUGAGAAAGAUAUGCGAUCCAAGUAUGAUGAAGAAGUGGCCGAUGUUCAGGACGAAGAUGGCGGUGAAGUCGACCGAUCGCAAGGAGCAGCCCGUGCCAUUUCGUCGUUUAUCGAUGUUUCGUUGUCCUGGAAAGACAUUGCCUGGUUCAAGAGUAUCACUAAAAUGCCAAUUGUAUUAAAAGGAGUACAAAGAUACGAGGAUGUAUUACUAGCAGUUGAGCAUGGAGUUGAAGGAGUAGUCCUUUCGAACCACGGAGGACGACAACUCGAGUUUUCACGUUCGUCAAUUGAAGUGCUCGUGGAGACCAUGGCUGCUUUACGAGCCCGUGGCUGGCAAGACCGAAUCGAAGUGUACGUCGAUGGUGGAGUCAAACGAGCUACUGACAUUCUCAAAUGCAUUGCUCUCGGUGCCAAAGGCGUUGGAAUUGGCCGACCAUUCCUGUACGCGAUGUCGACGUACGGAGUCGAGGGCGUGUCCAAAGCGAUCCAGCUGUUGAAAGACGAGCUUGAAAUGAACAUGCGCCUUCUGGGAGUCACCGACCUGACCCAGCUCAACCCCACCUUCGUCGACGUGCGCAGUCUCAGCGCCCACAACAGCAUCCCCGCCGACCACCUGUCCCUCACGGUCUACGAGCCCAUGACGGUGCCCAAAUUCAAGACCGCCUCCAAACUGUAA